AUGAUCUCUACCUUCGUCACGGUCGUCUUUCGCCACGAUUUACUCGAUCACCAUCUGCAGCAGAGCGCUUCCAAAAGCUUUACUGCUCGCUACUUCUGUAUGUCGCCUCCUCAGAAGCGCCCUAGGCCUCAAGACGGCUCUGACAACGCUCCUUCCGACUGCAAGCGCCCCACGCCUUCGCCCGACAAUAGCUCCUCUGGCCCCAGCGCCGCCCAGUCGAGCUCCGAGCCGGCGACCGUCGAAGCUGGUCCUGGCCCCACCUCCAGCGCUGCUGUUUUCCAGGAGGCAUCAAAAUGCCAUGAACCUGCUCACACCGCAAUUCUCGAAGAGCUCAUGAAGCUCUACACCUUGAGUACCGGAAUCAAGAAGGACCUCAGUUAUGAACCGGACGAGCGCACAACCGCCGAUCUUCUCAUGAUAAUCCUUCAAGAAUUGGACGACAUCCACUGCAUUGUCAAGAGGAUGUCCAAGAUGGCCAAAGACUCAGACCCAGAACUCGAAUUGGUCGAGGGCAGGCCGGAUCUGGACGAAUUUCUCUACUACGAGGGUGCCGUCAUCCGCUGGUGA